GCAAACACAAUAUAAAGAGUUCUAAUACAACUUAAGCAAUCACAGCAACUAGCAAACAUUCUUUCAAGGACCUCAGUACAGAAAUUCAGAAAGUUAGAAAAUAUGGGAACCUCAAUUGGGUUGAGGCAUUGGCCUCAACUCAUCUAUGCAAUUGCAUUUUGCUUAAUCGCAAGCAGUGUAUCUGCUAAUGAUGAUGAUAAGCCUUACUAUCAAAGCCAACCAAACAAUCAUUAUCCAACACCACCAAAUCAUGGACAACAGCCGCCAUAUUAUUACAAGUCUCCACCUCCACCAUCUCCUUAUAUCGACAAAUUUCCUCCAUAUUACUACAAAUCCCCUCCACCUCCAUCACCUUCUCCUCCCACGCCAUACGUUUACAACUCACCACCACCUCCAUCCCCUUCACCUCCUCCUCCAUAUAUCUACAAGUCACCACCUCCUCCGUCUCCUUCACCUCCUCCACCAUAUGUCUAUAAGAGUCCACCACCACCCUCUCCAUCACCACCGCCUCCAUAUAUCUACAAGUCACCUCCUCCACCAUCUCCCUCACCACCCCCACCCUAUGUUUAUAAGUCCCCACCACCUCCAUCCCCUUCACCUCCACCUCCAUAUGUUUACAAGUCACCACCUCCUCCAUCUCCUUCACCUCCCCCACCAUAUGUUUACAAGAGUCCACCACCACCGUCUCCAUCACCACCACCUCCAUAUAUCUACAAGUCACCUCCUCCACCAUCUCCCUCACCACCUCCUCCAUAUAUUUAUAAGUCACCACCACCCCCUUCCCCUUCACCUCCUCCACCAUAUGUCUACAAGUCGCCACCCCCACCAUCCCCGUCCCCCCCACCUCCAUAUAUUUAUAAGUCUCCACCCCCACCAUCACCUUCACCCCCUCCACCAUAUAUCUACAAGUCUCCUCCUCCACCAUCCCCUUCUCCUCCCCCACCAUAUGUUUAUAAGUCGCCACCACCUCCAUCCCCUUCACCUCCUCCUCCAUACGUCUACAAGUCACCACCUCCACCUUCCCCGUCUCCACCACCUCCAUACGUUUAUAAGUCGCCACCCCCACCCCCACCAUCACCAUCACCCCCUCCACCAUAUGUAUACAAGUCUCCACCUCCACCAUCUCCAUCCCCACCACCUCCAUAUGUUUAUAAGUCUCCUCCUCCACCAUCCCCUUCUCCUCCCCCACCAUAUGUUUAUAAGUCGCCACCACCUCCAUCCCCUUCACCUCCUCCUCCAUACGUCUACAAGUCACCACCUCCACCUUCCCCGUCUCCACCACCUCCAUACGUUUAUAAGUCGCCACCCCCACCAUCACCAUCACCCCCUCCACCAUAUGUAUACAAGUCUCCACCUCCACCAUCUCCAUCCCCACCACCUCCAUAUGUUUAUAAGUCUCCUCCUCCACCAUCCCCUUCACCACCACCACCAUAUGUUUAUAAGUCGCCACCACCUCCAUCCCCUUCACCUCCUCCUCCAUACGUGUACAAGUCACCACCCCCACCUUCCCCAUCUCCACCACCUCCAUACGUUUAUAAGUCCCCACCCCCACCAUCACCUUCACCCCCUCCACCAUAUGUCUACAAGUCACCUCCUCCACCAUCUCCAUCCCCACCACCUCCAUAUGUUUACCAGUCUCCACCUCCACCUUCUCCUUCUCCUCCUCCACCAUACUAUUAUAAGUCCCCGCCUCCUCCUUCGCCAUCACCUCCUCCUCCAUACGUGUACAAGUCACCACCUCCACCAUCCCCUUCACCUCCUCCUCCAUAUGUUUACAAAUCUCCACCCCCACCAUCUCCUUCACCUCCUCCACCCUAUGUCUAUAAGUCACCACCACCUCCUUCACCUUCACCACCUCCUCCUUACUACUACAAAUCUCCACCUCCACCAUCUCCAUCACCUCCUCCACCCUAUGUUUACAAGUCACCGCCACCUCCUUCUCCUUCACCGCCGCCUCCUUACGUUUACAAGUCUCCACCUCCACCAUCUCCAUCGCCUCCUCCAUAUCAUCCCUAUCUCUAUAACUCACCCCCACCUCCCAUCUAUUAAGCUUAUGGCUAAAGUCGUGUGAAAUUUUUCAAUGAAUUAUGUUAAACAUUGUUGUUGUUGUUUCUUAAUUUGUAUUUAAGCUUUUAUUUGUUAAUAAAACAAUCUCCAUUGGAUUAA